CUCUCCAGCUCAUCAUGCCUCGGGCACUGGGAGCACCCGUUGUAGUGUGGUUGUGGGGCCUGUGCUGGUCUCUGGGUAAUGCCCACCCUCUUUCUCGGGCUGAUGCCCCUAGGCAUGGAGCUGAAGGUGGGAAUGCGACCAAGCUGGACCCAGACGUGAUUGAACGCUGCUCGGAUGGCUGGGGCUUUGAUGCUACCACCCUGGAUGAGCAUGGGACCAUGCUGUUUUUUAAAGGGGAGAUCGUGUGGAAGACUACAAAUUGGACCCGGGAGUUAAUCUCAGAGCGGUGGAAGGAUAUCCCCAGCCCCGUGGAUGCUGCAUUCCGCCGUGGUUAUGACAGAGUCUUUCUGAUCAAGGGGGACAAAGUCUGGGUAUACCCUCCUGAGAAGGAGAAGGAAUAUCCAGUGUUGCUCCAAGAGGCAUUUCCUGGAAUCCCAUCCCCACUGGAUGCAGCUGUGGAAUGUCACCUUGGAGAAUGCCUACAUGAGGGUGUCUUCUUCUUCCAAGGCAACCGCACGUGGUUCUGGGACUUCACUACAAACACCGCAAAGGAACAUUGCUGGCCGGCUGUUGGGAAAUGCUCUUCUGCCAUGCGAUGGCUCGCCCGCUACUACUGCUUCCGCGGUAACAAAUUCGUGCGCUUCGACCCCGUCUCGGGAGAGGUGCAUUCCCCAAACCCUCUGGAUAUCCGAGACUACUUCAUGCACUGCCCUGACAGAGGCCCUGCACACUGGAAUGUGACCCACCCUGGAGGUCAACGCUGUAGCCCAGAUCUAGUCUUGUCUGCACUGCUGUCUGACACACAUGGUGCCAUCUAUGCCUUCAGUGGAUUGAACUACUGGCGUCUGGACACCAGCCGGGAUGGGUGGCAUAGAUGGCCCAUUGGCCAUCUGUGGCGCCAAGGUCCUUCAACAGUGGAUGCUGCCUUCUCCUGGGAUGAUAAGCUCUAUCUGAUCCAGGGCACUCAGGUAUAUAUCUUCCUCACAAAGAGAGGCUAUAUCUUAGUAGAGGGUUAUCCAAAGCGGCUGGAGAAGGAAUUUGGGAGCCCUCAUGGGAUCAACAUCGAUACUGUGGAUGCAGCCUUUACCUGUCCUGGGUCUUCUCACCUCUACAUCAUGGCAGGACGGCAGCUGUGGUGGCUGGACCUGAAGUUAGGAGCUCAAGCCACGUGGACAGAGCUUACUUGGCCCCAUGAGAAGGUCGAUGGGGCCCUGUGUACAGAAAAGUCUCUGGGCCCCAACUCGUGUUCUGCCAGUGGUCUUGGCUUGUACAUCAUCCAAGGCCCCAAUUUGUACUGCUACAAAGACGUGGAGAAACUGACCACGGCCAAGGCCCUUCCCCAGCCCCAGAAAGUAAACAGCCUCCUGGGCUGCUCUCACCCCCAGCACUCCUGAUGUGGGUCUGGCCCAGCUCCUUCUCCCGGUUUUCCUUAAAAUAAAGCCAGAGUGCUUCUUCGCUUGAACCAAAGAGCCUUGGUUGU